AUGCGCCUGACAUCAGCACUCGCGAUCUUAUCUCUUGCGGGCGUGAGUCUGGCUCGCUUUGGACAACAGCAGCAGACCCCGAGCCUGAGCCCAUCAUCCAGAACGAGACGCUUUAUUGUGGAGCUGGCGAAAGACUCAGACUUUAAGCAGCUCACGUCGGAUAUAUCCUCCUUCCCCGGUGCGACAGUGUACAAGACAUUCCGCAGCGAUGUCUUCACCGGAGUCAGUGUCGAGCUGACGGGAACCAACGAAGAGGACCUGCGUUUCCUUCGGGGAGCGAGCAACGUUUGGCCGUCACGCAGAGUCCAGAGGGCCGUGGUCGAGAGUAGCCAGGAGUUCAGCGGGGAUGUUUCGGGGAAUAACUACAACAUUCACGGUAUCACUGGUGUUCAGAGGCUUCAUGAGAAAGGUAUCCUAGGCAAAGGUGUCAAAGUUGCUGUUGUUGAUGCUGGGAUUGAUUAUACACAUCCCGCUCUCGGGGGUGGUUUCGGUAAGGGCUUCAAAGUCAUGGCCGGCUAUGAUCUCGUCGGCGACUCAGACUGGCCUGGUAGUGAUGGACCCAAACGGCCCGACAAGGACCCAUACGAGCAGGAUUCUCUUGGUGGGCACGGCACGCAUGUCUCUGGGAUUGUUGCUGGAAAAUCAGAUACCUGGCAAGGAGUUGCUCCUGAAGCCAACAUCUUGUCGUACAAGGUGUUUUCCGGAACUAGUGGCGACACAGAUGAAGAGACCUUGAUCGAGGCGUUUCUGAUGGCUCAUAGUGAUGGCGCUGACAUCAUCACCUCUUCGAUCGGCGGCCGCGGAGGGUUCUCGUCCAACGCCUGGGCGGAGAUUGCUUCCCGUCUCGUGGAUCAGGGCGUCGUCGUGACUAUAUCCGCGGGCAACACGGGCGAAGGUGGUGCCUUCCUUGGGGAUAAUGGUCAAUCUGGACGAAGUGUACUCUCAGUGGCGUCAACAGAGCCCUCCUACGUCCCCGGAAUGCCCUUUGAGGUGACAUUUGACUACGGAAACGGCGAUAUCAACAAGUCGAGGUACGGGUUCUUCUACGGCGGCCUCACUCACAGCUUCCCACUCAACUCGAGUCUUCCCAUCACCGCGCUGUCCUACGACCCCCUGAACACCACAAUCGGGUGCCGCUUCCUGUCACCAGGGACAGUAAACUUGACUGGCGCUCUCGUGAUGGUUCCUCGUGGUGGCUGCAACGGAUUCAACAAGCGCUAUGCCCUCCAGUCUGCCGGCGCGAGAUACAUGUUGCUAUUCAACGAUGACGAGAUCUUCCCGAUGCCCAGCAGCUACGAUAUCUACCGCACAGAGGGUAUAACCGAGCACGCCGCCGGCGUCGAGAUUCUUGCCGCGCUGGCAAAGGGCGCCAAGGUUACGGCUAGGUUCUUCAACGAGUCCAACUCGGAUCUGGUCAACCUGAAGAACCCCGCCGUCGUCAGCUCCUAUUUCACUUCUAUGGGUGGGCUGUAUGAUCUCCAGAUCAAGCCAGACAUCGCGGCUCCAGGUAGCAACAUCUUCUCUACCAUUCCUCACGGCAAAUACGGUCUAAAGUCAGGCACGUCGAUGGCUACGCCGUACGUGGCUGGUGUAGCGGCACUCUUCAUCUCAAAGUAUGGAGGCAGAAACAUCCACGGCACUGGGUUCGGCAAGAUGCUCUCGGCUCGGAUCCUGUCCAGUGGCGACUCGCUUCCGUGGAAUAAUGGGCUGAACAUGACAGAGUACGGGAUGACGCGCGCCCCGGUCUUCCAACUCGGCAACGGCCUGGUCAACGCCACCAAGGUCCUGGACUACCGGACGGAGCUUUCGUACGCCAAGUUUGCGCUCAACGACACUACGAACUUUCGGGCGUCACACUUUGUCAUGAUUACAAACAACUGCACAGGUCCCAUCACUUACAGCUUCUGCGUUGAGGCUGCGGGGACGUAUGAGGUUAUCGAUGAUAGAGACAACAUUAAGACGGGGCCCCAAUACACGGGUCUGGUACCGUUGGCCACUCCGUUAGUCCCGAAGGUGACGUUUCCUGAGGAAUUUACAGUCGGCCCGGGAGAGACUAGAGAGGCAAAAUUCACCUUCGAACAGCCCAAAGGCGGGAACCAGACAGCCAUGCCCCUGUACAGCGGCAAGAUUCGCAUCCAUGGCUCCAACGGCGAGCAGCUCUCGGUGCCUUACAUGGGCGUCGCCUCCAAUCUGCACAAGACCUUUAGAAAGAUGUUUGUCGACGACUACCCGUACGUCAACUCGGGAGCGGAUGACCUUCCUAUGAUGUAUAAGACCAACUUCUCCUUCGACCUCUCCUUGGAAGCGCAGGAUUUUCCGAAACUCUACAUGAACUUCCGAUGGGGUUGCGCCGUCUUGCGCUGGGAUAUUUUUGAGCAUGGCUGGGAGGAGAAAAGUUGGGGGACGUAUCCCCCUGUUCCUGGUGAAGGUGGAUUCGUCGGGCAUGCUGCGACCUGGGAUAACGAGAAGCACGCCACCGUCUUCGACCCAGACAAUGACAACGAAUUCGACCUCACUCGAGGUCCCAUGGGAGAGUUCUCGAGGGAGGAUUACAAUUAUUCUCCCUGGCGAGCUUGGUGGCUUGGACGAUUCUCUAACGGAUCAAAGAUUAAGCCUGGAAAUUACACCAUGCGUGUCGCUGCGCUGAGCCCGUUUGGAGACCCGAACAAGAGCGACCACUGGGAUAUCUGGAGGCGUGAUUUCGAGGUUAUUGGCAACCAAACGUCGUCUGACAAUUAA